AUGGUCAAAAGGUCUUGCAAGUGCUUUUGCACUUCACAACCAAAACAUAACAUGAGCAUAACAAAACUCCAGAAAAGGCAUAACAAGAGCUUCUUAACAAGCAUAACAAGCAUAACAGGAGCUAAGAACCAAAACAUUCAGAAAAAGGAGACCUGCCACAUAAAACCAAGCACUCAGAAAUCCAGACUCCAACGAACUAGAGGGGGAAAUGAAAGAUCACCUAAGACUAGCAAAUUCUUGCCAGUCAUACAUGGCUUGAGAAGGAGUGACAGAGCACACCUUAGACCACCACACCUUAAAGUUCCCUGUGAAGUUCACCAAACCAUCCCAACCCAAUUAACAGGAGAAAGCUUCCAAAUUUUUGCAGCUCUAGAACAAUGGAAAAAUAACUCCACAGACUUUGCAAACCAAGUCUUAUUUAAUACCUUUUUCUUCCAAAUUGCAGAGGACAGGCAGAAUAUUGUUAAAACAGUUCCACAGGAAAUGCUUUAUCUUACCUUUGAUUUUUUGGCCCCAACUCCUCUUUUUUACAAUUUUCAAAAGGAAACUUUGACUAUGCUC